AUGACGACCACACGAGUGAUACUGAACUUCCCGUGGACCAGCAGCGAGAAGCUGAAGGGUGACUUCUUCCAGGACACGGGCGUCACCGAUGCGGUGAUGAAGAUCGCCCGCAAGGAGCUGCGCGAGGACAAGACGAUUCGCGAGCAGUCGCUGGAGCAGCUGCGCGACUGGCUGCAGAAGAACGGCGACGUCGAGAACGUGCGCACCGAGGACCUGUUCCUGUUGCGCUUUCUGCGCACGAAAAAGUUUAGCGUCCCGAUGGCGCAGCAGAUGAUACUGAAGUAUCUGAACUUCCGGAAGGUGUUCACCCAUCUGAUCCACACGCUCGACUUUAUGUCGCCGAGCGUGCUGAAGCUGCUCGAGGGCGGCUAUCUCUUUCCGUCGCCGAUCCGGGACAAACAUGGCCGCCGGGUGAUUAUUGGAUUCGCCAAUCACUUUAACCCGGCGGAACAAACCAGCUCCGAUAUGGCCCGGUUGCACUUUAUCACCUACGAGACGCUGGUGGAGGAUCCGGAAAAUCAGAUCUGCGGGUUCGUGCACAUCGGCGACUUCAAGGGCAUCUCGACGGCACACAUCGCCUGCUGGAACCCGACCGACUUCCUGCGCAUCAUGAAGUGGGGCGAACAGUCGAUACCGAUGCGAAACAAGGAGGUACACCUGGUGAACGUACCGUCGACGGUGAAGUACAUCAUCGAGGCCGGAAAAUCAAUGGUCAGCAAAAAGAUGAAGGAACGGCUUCAGGUCCACGUUACUGUGCCGGAUCUCUGCCGGAAGGUGGACCCCGCCUGUCUGCCGAAGGAGCUUGGCGGUACGAUGCCGAUGGUCGAAAUGAUUGAGCUGUGGAAGAUGGAGUUGGCGGCCAAGCGGAACCUCGUGCUGGCGUCGGAAAAGAUGCGAAUUCUUACCGAUCGCGGUAUUGUUUCGCGAAACGGAACCGAUCGAAACAACAACAACAGCAAUGCGAACGCGCUCGGUAUGGAAGCGAUCACUGGCAGCUUCCGAAAGUUGGAGGUAGAUUAAAAAAAAACACGCUGUACAACAGUAGAGGACAUAAAACCCAAGACAAAAAAGGAGGAGAAACGCCCUUAUUAAUAGCUGAUCAAAUUGUAUACAGAAGUGUGAUAACAUAUAUCAAACCCGGGAGGGUAGUCUCGAAUGGUUCCAGUAUGAGGCAGGUAACGAAGAGAGACACCGGAACAACCCUCUCGACUUAGCUUGUAGGUCAUACAGAUGAUUCCGUAGUUAUUAGUACAGGUUUUAGUGUUACUUUGUGUAUGGUUGUUUUACUUUAACGAUGGCUUAAGAAAUCCAUAGAUUUGUUUGGUUUUGCGAUGUACGUUUU